ACACGGAAAAAAGCAAAAAGAGAAUGUGUUUCGUUAUUUCUGACGAAGAAAUAGCUUUCUUAAGCUGAAGGUAACUCAUAGUGGGUUUAUAAUCCAAUAUUUAUUCAUAAUUAGUGAAUUUUCCUUGCAUAAAUGUGGAAAAUGAAGAAAAACCUACCAAUUCGAGAAAAUUUACAGUGUAUCCAUAGUGACAUUUAACUUUUGUAAAAGCUGUCAAUUGGUGCAAAGUUUCAGUGUGGUUUUUGCUUUCCAGUAGCGUGCAAGUUCAUUUCAAUUUUCUUCCUGAUUUUCUCACAGUAGCACCUCAGAAGAGUUCCCCAUUGUGAUGUAACCGAAAACUCGAGCAUCUCGAGAUCAAGUGCCAAUUUGAGAAAUGAGUGCUCCAUCGAUUAUUAACCGUGAAAAGUGAGGAGCAUAGAAAAAGUGCUCUGAAAGAAGAAAGUCCCACCAUCUUGGUUUCUUUUGAUUUUGGAGGAAUAGAGAAGUGUGUGCCUGGCUCGGUGAUUUCUGCCCAGAGUGACUAUGCAAUCACUGUGCUGGACCACGAGAUUCGUGACACGAGCACUGAGGAGUGGCUUUUCCACCCUCAUUGAGCCCAACAACAAACCAAAGCCUCACUUUGUGUCAGUUGUCUGUGGAUUCCCCAAAGAUUUCCUCCGCUCCAAAUACAAAUUAGGCAAAUUCGGCGAGGAUGCCUGGUUUACGGCCAGGACCAGUGUCGCCGACGUGAUAGGUGUUGCAGAUGGUGUGGGUGGUUGGCGUAGCUACGGCAUCGAUCCGGGUGAAUUUUCCUCUUUCCUCAUGAAGACUUGCGAACGGCUAGUCACCUGUGCCAGCUUUAAUCCUCAGAAACCUGUUAGUCUUUUAGCAUACAGUUACUGUGAAUUGUUGGAGCAGAAGAAACCAAUUCUAGGAAGUAGCACAGCUUGCGUUUUAAUCCUGAAUCGCGAGAAUAGCACAGUUUAUACGGCAAAUAUUGGCGAUAGUGGCUUUAUUGUGGUGCGAAAGGGUGAAAUUGUGCACAGAUCUGAGGAGCAGCAGCACUACUUCAAUACGCCUUUCCAAUUGUCCCUCCCACCACCUGGCCAUGGGGACAAUGUCCUUAGUGAUAGUCCAGAAUCUGCGGACACCCUAAGUUUCACCGUUAAAGACGGCGAUGUGAUUCUCGUGGCAACAGACGGUGUUUUUGACAAUGUGCCUACGAAACUUCUGUUGGAUACGCUAAAAGAGGUUGAAGGAGAACAAGAUGCUGUAAAGUUGCAAAUGACUGCAAACACAAUUGCUCUGAUGGCGAGAUCAUUAGCAUUUGAUAGUGAAUUCAUGUCACCAUUUGCUAUCAAUGCACGAAAAAAUAACAUUAAUGCUAUAGGUGGUAAACCUGAUGAUAUUACGGUGGUUUUAGCUACGGUUGUACUCUGAAAAAGAAGAAAUGGCAACAAUUCACGUUGGAAGGAGGAUAAGAAAGUGGAAGGCGAGCCGUUUUUGUGGUAGAAAAGAAAGAAAAUAUCAGGUAAAUUUGUGGAGAAUUCGACUGGAUGAUUAAAAAGAAAAAGAAAAACAGGAAGGGAGGUUCGAAUAAAAAGCGACUUUUAAUAGAGAAUUUUCGAUUUUACCACAAUUCUAUCGUGCAUCAAAUUAGAUAUUUUUUAUUUGGUGAAGAAAAAAAAUUGGAUCGAAGAAAUUUGAUAAGGUGCGGAGAAUGUGUUUCUUUAGAGUGGAAGUGAUAAGUUUUUAAUCUAAAUAGAACUGUGCAUUUUGCUUCUUUAAGACACAUGAAAAUAUAAAAGCGAAAGAGUGAAAAAUGUGAAAUAAAUUGCGGAAGAUGUAGAUAAUUUCCGAGGAUUAUUUGAACCAAAAAAAAAGUUUAUGAGAAAAAAUAUCGCAACGAAAAUUCUAUUUUUUUUCUUUUUAGCAAUGAAGAAUUAUUUUUUUGUUGUUUUUUUUUAGUGGGAUUUCAAUCUCAAGCAAUACACUGUAAAAUGUAGAUGAAUUGUGUUAAUUUGGAACGCAUUAAAGGAUUCUCAGGUUUUUUUUACUUUGGAAAAAAAACAUUAAAAAAAAAAGAAAUAGCUCUGUGACUGAUGAAAAUGGUUAUAUAUUUUUUCAUUUAAAACAAAAAGAACAUUUGGCAUUAUAAAUAAUAAUUAAAUAUUUCAUACAGAAGCCCUUUAACAUGCGUGAACUUGAUAUUUUUGUCCCCCAAAUUAAUUCUUCCCAUGUAAAUCUUUGAUUUUUUUCAUUGUGCAUAUUUUUUGCCUAAUAUUUAGGUUCUCAACAAAAAAUAAAAAAUACCUUUUUACAAUUAAAUAGAAGAAGAAGAAGAAAAAAACUGAUGAAGAUAGCUAAUCAAUAACAAAUGUAAAGAAUAUUCAAAAAGAUAGCAUUAGGGCAUUGCAUAAAUGAAGAAAAAGAAAAUGUAAGUGAGAAUUAGAAAAUAAAGACAAGAUUGAAUUUAAGAGGA